UUGUAAUUUAAACAAAUGAAAAUGACUAAUAAUUAAAAUGGAGUAUCGGCACGCUUGUUUUCCAAGAAACAAGAUUCUUGAUUUUGUAAAUGCAAAACUAAUUAAAACCCUAAUGAAACCUCUCCUAAAACCCUAAAACCUCCCAAAAGACUCCUAAAACAAGUUGCCCUAAUGGCCAUGUCAAGGUCUGGUAUGAUUCUCCGAAGAGCUUUCUCUACAGUUGCUCCUCGUGCCAUUCGUACAAUUCCCUCUCCAAAAAUUCUCUCUGCGGCAGUUAGUAAGAUGGAUAUCUCUUCUUACAAUAAUGCCCACCAUUUCUGUACGGACGCCAAGAAAAACCCACUUCAUCAAAAAAUAGUCUCUGCUUUGAAAACCCAAAUGAAAACCCUAGCCUUGCAGAAAGAUGUAAGUUCUCUUUUAAUAUUUAAAAUUGAUUGAUUGUUUUCGUAUUUCUUUUUUCAAUCCUGAUUUGUUUUUUUGUUUUUCAAAAUCAACCAGAUUCCUCCAGUUCCAGCUGAUUUUCCUUUCGCAAUUAAAGAAUUUGAUUAUGAAUAUUGUUCGGUGAAACUAACAAGGGAGCUUGACGGAGAGACAAUCGAUGUCCGGGCAUCAAUUCCCCAUCGUCUUCGAAAUACCAGCAACACUUAUGAAGACAGAUUACUUACAGAAUCAACGGCUGAUAUUGCGCCACGUGUCAGUCUAACGGUGGACAUCUCCACAGUAAACGGAAAAUUAGAGUUGCGUUUUGAGGUUGAUGCUUCUUAUGAUGAUAUUAGGGUUACUUCCUUCUUGGUGGACGAGGUUGCACCCGAUUCCGAUUCCGAUUCCAAUUCCUAUACCCGUGUUGGAUAUUACGAAGUGAAAGAUGGCAGUGAUUUGCAAUUGGGUUUGAAUGAGUUUGUCGAAACGAGAGGGCUUGAGAAAAAAUAUGCUGAAUUUUUGUUCAAGUACAUAGUCGGGAAUUCCAGCCGGCGCCCCUUGGUUGAGCUGGAAAAACUCGAGAAUUAUUUCAACGAGUGAAGAUCGAUUUGCUUUAUUAAUUGUAGUGAAACUAAAUUAGGUUUCGAACUACUUUCAAUUAUUACUUGUCCGUUUUAUGCUGCCGUUGUUUCGUCUCGUUCAUUAGUUAACUUCAAUUGAUGUUAUGAAAUUUUGUUCAUCACUAUGGCCUUUUGUCGAUCUCCAUAACUUAUUCUGUUGUCAUUAUGCUGAAAAUCCGAAAAUCCCAAAAUAUUUACGGUUUAGUCUUCUAACUUGUCAUGUUUCAAUUUUACACGCAUUAACUUUCAAAAUAUAGUAUUUUUGCAUGAUUUUUUUCUUUAAUUUAUGACGCAACAAGUAAACUAAACAUCCAUAUAAAUAAUUUUUGAUGAGUUUAUAUAUUAGCUGCAUUAUUAAUCCAAAAUUUCAAGGGAUUUGGACCAAAAAUACCAAAUUUGUAAAGUUAUUAAAAGUGAAAUUGAAAAUGAUAAUUUAGAGGACUAAAUUGUUAAAUAGGCCAACAUAAAGGACCACAAUUACAAUUUUCCCACCCACAAAUGUAUAUAUAUACACACAUUGAUUAAUGAGUCUGCCCGCGCUUGUUUUCCAAGAAACAGGCUUCUCGAUUGUGAUUGCAAAUUAUUUAAACCCUUAAAAAUACGAUUGUGAUCAACGACGACGCAAUUGAAAUGUCUUCCAUGAUUCGGAAAGUUUUCUCUACGGUUCUUUCUCGUGCAGUUCGUCCAAUUUCUUCUCCGAGAAUGAUCUCAUCGAGAUCCAUGAUCAAUAGCAAAUUACUCACCGCUACUCGCCGUCGUCACGGCGGCGCAUUUAACCCGAGAAUCCCUUUCUUCAGUUCCCACCACCACUUCUGUACGGAUACCAGGAAGCUACUCGAUUACAAACUCGUCACAACUCUGAAUUCCCAAAUCAAACUGGAGAAAACUGUACGUAAUUUUCUAUAUUCAUCUUCUUCUUCUUCUUCCCCUUUUUUCUAGGUUUUCUCUUUUCUCUUUAGGGUUAUUUUGAUUUUGAUUUUAUUAAUUAAUUAAACAGAUGUAUCCAGUGCCAGCUGAUUUUCCGUUCACGAUCGAAGACGAAGAUCCUAAUUCUUCUGAGAUCAAUCUAACGAGGGAGAUCGAUGGGGAGAGAAUCGACGUCUUGGUACGAAUCGAAGACGACAGUUACGACGGCCGAUCAUGGGAGGAAUAUUCUUCCUCCGAUGAAGAGGCGGAUGAAGAAUCAUCAACGGCUGAUAAUUCGCCAUUUGUUAAGCUAGAUGUGAACAUCUCGAAAGAAGAUCGAAAAAAGUUGGAGUUUCAGAUUUCUGCUUCUUCAGAUGAUAUUAGGAUUAAUCACAUGCUGGUGUGGGACACCUAUUCCGAUUAUCCAUGCGGACCGUAUUUCGUGAAGAGUGGGAGUGAUUUGGAAACUGAUUUGAGGGGGUUUCUUGAAAUAAGAGGGGUUGACAAAAAAUACGUUGACUUUUUGUACAAGUACAUGAGGAGGUCCAGAAGGAACUACAGGCGGCGCCCCGUCGUUGCGUUGGAAAAACUGAAGAAAUUCGUCAAGGAUUGAAGAUUAGUUAGUAGUGGAUUAAUCUUGUUCAUGUUAUAUUCAUUUCUAUGUUGUGAUUUUUUUUUAUUUUUUUUUUCGGAUGGAAUUUCUCGAAAUCGGAGGGAUUAACG